CAAACUCCACUCGACGUGUAGAACAAAACGCUGAAGUCCAUGCUACUUUUACAUGGCACGAGAUACUCGUAUUAAAUCAGGACACUGUUGUGUUUCAUAUUAGUCUAAGCACGGCUUCCAUGCAUGGCCCCUUGCCAAGACGAGACUCUCAGAAAAUAAAUAAAUAAAUAAAUUUUAAUAAUUAUUUUAAUUCAAGUAAAUAAAAUAAAAUCAACACAUUUUUUUAAAAAAAUAGAUACUUUCAAGAUAUUUUAGUUUUUUUUUUCAAAAUUUAAAAUUAAUAAAAUAUAUUUUUAUGUUAUUAAUAUUUUUUUUUAGGUUAAUUUUAACCCCACCGGUAUGAAGUGAGGAGGUUCCGUGCCCGACGACACAUGUCCAUACCAUACCUCCCCCUCGCCCUGGUUCCUGACUCCGUCCCUGCCUGAGUGCCUGUGCCCUAUUUAUUCACGCCGUCGGCUCACCAUAUCGUCGCCGUCGCUCGUUUGGCAAUUGCUUUGUUGGCGUAGAAGUGAUCAUGGAAGGGUUCGCCACUCUCACCGCCGUCCUCCGGAAGGCCGCUGCUGACUUCCCCUCCCGCCGGGCCGUCUUUGUACCCGGCCGGCUCGAGCUCUCGCACGGCCGCCUCCACCAACUCGUCGACGCCACCGCCACCCGGUUCGCCGCAUCCGGCGUCCGUGCCGGCGAUGUCGUCGCGCUCUCUUUUCCUAACACCGUUGAGCUCGUGAUCGUCUUCCUCGCCGUCAUUCGGGCCCGCGGCGUGGCCAUCCCGCUCAAUUCCGCUUAUACGCAAGAGGAGUUCGUGUUUUACCUGUCCGACUCGGAGGCGAAGCUGCUGGUGACGAGCGCGGAGGGCAACGCGGCCGCGGAAGCGGCAGCGGAGCAACUCGGGAUCCCCCGCGCCGCCGCGUCGCUCUCAGACGCGUCGGGAGCGCUGGAGCUCACCCUCCCUGGCGGGGAGGAGGAUGAUGCCGCCCUACUCGCCGGCCGCAUCAAUGAUCCUUCGGACGUCGCGCUAUUUCUUCAUACCUCCGGGACGACGAGUCGCCCCAAGGGCGUGCCUCUUACGCAGCUCAACCUGGCGGCGUCGGUCAAGAACAUCAAAUCCGUGUAUCGGCUCACCGAGGCGGAUUCCACGGUGAUCGUACUUCCCCUGUUCCACGUCCACGGUCUGAUGGCGGCGCUUCUCUCCUCCCUCUCCGCCGCCGCCUCCGUGACCCUCCCAGCGGCUGGUCGCUUCUCGGCCUCCACAUUUUGGGCCGACAUGGUCGCCUCCGGCGCCACUUGGUACACCGCGGUUCCCACCAUCCACCAGAUCCUGCUCGAUCGCCACUCCGCCCGGCCCGAGCCAGCUUACCCUAAGCUCCGCUUCAUCCGGAGCUGCAGCGCGUCGCUGGCGCCGGCGAUCCUCGAGCAUUUGGAGGCCGCCUUCGGCGCUCCCGUCCUGGAGGCGUACGCGAUGACCGAGGCUUCGCACCAGAUGGCAUCGAAUCCGCUCCCGGAGGACGGGCCGCGGACGCCCGGCGCCGUGGGCCCCCCUGCAGGUCUGGAGAUGGCGAUCCUCGACGAGGAAGGCUGCCGCCGGCCGGCGGGCGAGCCCGGCGAAGUCUGCAUCCGUGGGCUUAACGUGACCAAGGGCUAUAAAAACAACCCCGAGGCCAACAAGGCGGCCUUCGCCUUCGGGUGGUUCCACACUGGAGACGUCGGCUUCCUCGACAGCGAUGGCUACCUCCACCUCGUCGGCCGCAUCAAGGAGCUCAUCAACCGCGGAGGCGAGAAGAUCUCCCCGAUCGAGGUAGACGCGGUGCUGCUGGAGCACCCGAACAUCGCGCAGGCGGUGGCGUUCGGCGUGCCAGACGACAAGUACGGCGAAGAGAUAAAUUGCGCAGUGAUCCCGAGGGACGGGGCGGAGGUCGAUGAGUCAGAGGUGGUGAGUCAUUGCCGAAAGAACCUGGCGGCGUUCAAGGUGCCGAAGAGGGUGUUCAUCACGGACUCGCUGCCGAAGACGGCGACGGGGAAGAUCCAACGGCGGGUAGUGGCGGAGUUCUUCGUGCAGCCCGCGAAGGCGGCCAGGGCCGGCGCAUAAGACAAAAAUGAAACAAAAAUGCCAUGAUCUAUUUUCAUUUAGCAUCAACAAAAUCUCUAAGUUUUUCUCCUGAAUUUUUCUUUCCAUAAUCCCUCUUGUAUCGGUUGAUGAUCAUGAUCUCGAACUACAGGCACGUAACCCUGUUUACUUGGCAGGAUAAA